UGCAGUAUCGGGGGUGUGGUCACACAUGUUUUACAAGUAAGAUGAAAGUCAUACUAAAAGCAAGGAGGCUGUAGUGUGUCUGUGAGCUUCUCUCCGACUCUAAAGCAGAAGCUAAUUACAGCUAAAGGAGAAGUUGUACGAUCCACAUGUUAGGACUUGUUAUUUAUGAGUGGGAGCUUUCAUAAUUAAGAUUUUAGACAUGAGAUUUCUACUGCAGCUCUGAUGGUUCCUUCUGAAAACCUGUGGAAGAGAAGCUUCAGCUGUAGCAGCGUUUGCUCAAAAUGUGAAACUUCAUUGUGAUUAUUCUAUCCACUGAUUAUGUUUCUGUUUUCAUUCUAAACUAAAACAAGGAUGAAGGUGAAUUCCACUCAGGUUGUAUAUUUUACUCUAAACGCCUACUUGGACACCAGUUCAUUCACCUGCUUCUUCUUCAUGAUAGUUCUGAUCCUGUAUGUUUUAAUCGUUGGUUGUAACGUUCUGCUCAUCGUGGUCAUCAGUGUGAACAGGACUCUACAUGAACCCAUGUACAUGUUUCUCUGCAGCCUGUUUGUGAAUGAGCUGUAUGGAAGUGCAGGCUUGUUUCCCUUCCUGCUGAUUCAGAUUCUCUCUGAUGUUCACAUCAUUUCUGCUCCUCUCUGUUUCCUGCAGAUCUUCUGUCUUUAUACUUAUGGAAGUAUAGAGUUUACUAACCUGGCCGUCAUGUCUUAUGACAGAUAUCUGGCCAUCUGUCAUCCUCUGCAGUAUAAAACAAUAAUGUCACCCAGGAGAAUAGUCUUUCUCAUUGCUGUCAUUUGGUUUCCUCCUUUUUUAGCUGUUGGUGGAACAACCGUCUUGAGUUUCUCUUUGCAGCUUUGUGGGGAAAUUAUUCAUCAAAUUUAUUGUGAGAAUCACUCCAUCAUAAAACUGGCCUGUUACGACCCCAGACUCAACAAUAUCUAUGAACUUGUUAUGUCUUUUCUCACAGUCUGUGUUCCGUUAUCUGUAAUUUUUUACACCUACAUGAGGAUCCUUAAAGUGUGUUUUUCUGGAUCCAAACAGACUCGACAGAAGGCCGUCAGCACCUGCACGCCUCACCUGGCCUCUCUGCUAAACUUCUCUUUUGGUGUUUCCUUUGAAAUACUACAGAGCAGGUUUAAUCUGAGCAAUGGUCCCAGCAUGUUGCAGAAAGUUUUACCUCUUUAUUACCUUACCUGCCAACCGCUGUUUAACCCGGUUAUGUACGGCCUGAAUAUGUCUAAAGUGCGCAGCAUGUGUAAGGAGCUGAUUCUACUCUGUAGGAAGAAAUGCUACCAUUCCACAUACCAAGAGCUAGCCUUUGUAGCCAAGGGUCAGACCGCCGAGGUCCCCGCCUUUGUCCACUGCCCAUUUCACUUUGCAUCUGUCCCUUCUGGGCCCUCCCACAAGUGGUGA